UUGUCUGGCCGUGUCAAUAAUUAAAAUUUUCGUGGCGAGCACGUCAGCCUGACCUCCCUGCUUCCGAUUCCCCACCUCCCCCCUUUUGGGGUUAGCUGAAAGCGAAAGUGUACACAACCAGGCCACGGCCCAUCGAUGGCUUCAAGGUCGCAAUUCGGAAGCAGAUUUCAACGAUCAGUGGGAGGAGGGAUAUCUGCAAGCCAGGUUUGAAGAAUACGAGACAUCAGACCUCAAGACAGUCGCACUCUUCAUAGUCACUGCUGUCAGAACUUUAACCCUUGCUGUAUACAUCUGGUUGACCACAACAGUGAAAGCGCUGUUACUGUUUUAAGUGUCUUCCCUCGGGAUGGGCUCUCCCUGUUGGCUGAAGUAAAAGCAUCCGUUGCUGUACCCUGUAAAGGUUAGAAGGACUAGACCGAAAUGCGAGCAGCUUGUUUAUGUACCAGCUGCUAAUGAUCACGACAGGCAUCAUUUGAUGUGUGCUCUGUUACAAGCUGGCUCCAGUAAUCCUGCCGUUUCUCCUAAUGAAGGUUUUGAAAAUCUGUACAACAUAAGUGAUCAAGACUUGAAUGGGGCCAUACCAUCGAGCAUUAACUGCGGAACUGAUGGUUGACAACCAGGAUGAUUUGCCACACACAGUAUGCCAGUCCUGCUCACAAAAGCUUGGCUCAUUUGAUUCCUAUGCAGAGCAGUGUCAGCGUGUACAGGCCAUGUUCCGCGCAAUGGUUGAAGCAACUGUUGAAAUGGGCGAUGAGGUUGAUACCAAAGUUGGGUUAAUAAGAGAAGAAUUUCUUCAGGAGAGUGAAGAUAAAGGUCAAGCUGAAGAGCCUGUGGACAGUAAGAAGGACAUUGAGAUGCUGGCCAUAGAAGCAGAUCCCUUCAUCCCAUCAGACUGCAUUGCUCCGGGAGUAAAGAAAUCCAAAGUGAAGGCACUCAGAAAGAGGGUCCUCCGAACAAGAAGUAAUUUUAAGGCUCGUGGGAAGAAAGUGAGGAUUCUGACACGUGCUGGAAAUGAGAAUAAGGGUCGACAGGAAGGAGAGAGGGAACGAGAGCGUCGUGUCAGCAGCAGACUGCAGAGUCUGGCACAGACGCAGCGGGACUUUGAGGCAGCUACAGCUGGAGUUACUGACAAUGAGUUAAAAAUCAAGGAGGAGAAAGAUGAAGAAGAUGGAGGGGGGGGAGGUGAAGUGGAGGUGCCGCAGCAGCCCACUGCCAAGAAACGGGGCCGACCUCCUAAAGCAUUAGUGGGUGCAGCAAAGCGCAAGGCCAAAAUCCCACGAAUUGUAAAGCUGAAACCACUAGAAACUGCAAUUAAAGAAGUGCCCAGUGAAGAGGACAAUGAUGGCAACUUUGAUGCCAACAAUGACACAGCAGACAAUAGUGAGAAUAAUGAAGAUGAAAAUGAUGAUCAUGACAAUGACGAUGAUGAUGAUGAGGAUGAAUAUGAUGAUGACGAUGAUGAUGAUGACCUGAAGAAGAAAUCUGAAGGGAGUGGUGAAGAGAAAGGUACUUCAUCAGAGACAAGUCAUCAACCAGCCAUAUUUAGGUGGGAGUGCCACGUUUGUGGAGAGGUGUGCAGAAACUGGAACUCCCUGUCUGUACAUUGCAGACGAAUGCACGAGGAAGCAGCACAUGUGGUGUGUCUGUGUGCUAAAGUACUGGCCAGCCGAGCAUCCAUCAUAAAGCAUCGACUGAAGCACACCAACACUUACAAGUAUAGGUGUACCAAGUGUGACAAAGCAUUCCAUCGCCGUGCCCUGUAUGAUAUUCAUGUUCUGUCACAUGUUCCAAAAGAAGAGCAGCCAUUCGUGUGCUGUAAGUGUGCUCGCAGAUUCCACUGUGAAGCUCUGCUGCGCCAGCAUGAGAGAGUGCACCUCCCACGAGAGGAGAGACUCAUCUAUCCGUGUGACAUUUGUUCUAAGAAAUUCAGCAGUAAGUCGGCAGUGUCAGCUCACUUGAAAGCAGUUCACUUUGGCGAGCGACCCUUCGUAUGUGAUCAGUGUGGACACAGCUUCACUUCAAAGGGAAUCCUACAGGAGCACCUCACCAUCCACAGUGAUGAAACACCAUUCAAAUGCACUCAGUGCAAAAAGAGUUUCAAGACAAAGUACCGGCUGAAGAUUCACAGUGACACGCAUCGGGAGACUCCUUACCAGUGUCCAGUGUGCCCUCUGCAGCUGUCCACAAGACGCACAUUGCGCAUGCACCUUGUAGUGCAUCGAGAUACCAAGGCCUACCAGUGUGCAACUUGUGGUAAAGCAUUUCGGCGUGCAAAAGACCUUAAAAAUCAUCACAAUCUUCAUACGGGACGGCGACCUUACACAUGCACAUUCUGUCCCCGCACAUUUGCCAAUGGUUCCAACUGCCGUUCACAUAAACGUCGCAUGCAUCCUGAAGAAUUACGUUUGUAUGAAGCAUCCCUUGCAGCUGCGGAAAACAAUGAUUCCCAAGCGCCAUCAGAAUCGGCUCCAUCAGUUGCAGUGACAGGGUCAAAUUCUAAUGCAGAGCAGCAACCAGCUGACCAGCCCAAUAUCAGUAUGAAUUCGUCAUUACCGAACUCUCUGACACCUGUGCCAAAAUCUGAAAUCUCUGUCCCCAUUUCAGAAUUCCAGAGGCGGUCCUCUUCUGAUUCACACAUGUAUGGUAGCCCAACACUAAAAAAUUUACACAGUCCUAAUGUGUCAAGACCUUCUACAAAUCUCGCAGCAUCUAUGUCAUCAUCUUCCAGUAUAGACUUCUCAGGAAGUGUGUCAUCAGACCCAGGUGUGGCACGGGUUGUAAUGGGACAUUUAACCACUGGUUCUGGUGCCAGUAUGUUGAGGAAUGCCUCUAUGUUGCCAUCACUCGUACCUAUCUCGACAGCAGCCUCCAUGAUAAGGGAUGCAGAGGCGAACAACUGCAACAAUAUAAGACUAUCUCAGCAUUCACGCAGUAGUGCGCAUGGUUUGCAGGUGUCUGCAGGUGAUGAUGGUUCUUGUGAUCGCAGUCAAACUGCCAUGAGCAUGAAUGGUUCCCGACGUAUAAACAGUUCAACUGCUGAUUCGAUUCUCAAUGCCACCCACCUCCAGUCACUUGCACCACUGAAUCUGAAUAUUUCUGAGAUACACUCAAACCGACAACAACAGCAUUCUAUGAACAGUUCCUCAAACUUAUCUGGAAUGGACGAUUCAGAUCUGAUGUCCCGAGGGCGGAGGGUUAUGGAUGGAUUUCCAAGUUCUGCAAGUCAGAGGCCACACAUCUCUGCUCUGAACUCAAAUGUGCACCAAGUACAUCGUCAACAGCAUCACCACAGUUUGGCAACACUAAGCCGUAGUGGUGACUCUGAGAGAGACAUGCUUGAUCUGGAUCGAGCAAGUCAACGGGAUCUUUCAAGUCUUAGUCAGAUGCAUCACCAUAAUCAGCAACAGCAACAUAGUGCCAUGUUGCAUGAGUUCCCACCAUCAUUAAACCACCUGUACCAACAUCAAGGCACGUCCAUGUCUUCAGCUGUAGCAGCAGCAAUAGCACACUCUGGUACAGUUGGUGUGCCAGCAUUUCCAGGGAAUCCAUAUGUUCACCAUAACAUGGGGUAUAACAGAGGGAAUGGAAGCAUGUAAUGUGUCCCACCGAGCGGGCAGCUAGGAUAUUACUGGAACUUGUGUCUCUGGAAGAAGUUUUCAGGUUCCGUUGUGUGAUGCUAAGCAUUUCAAACAUCAAGAUAUAAGGUGGCCUUUUUUAAAACUGAAAUAAAUUGUGUGUUUCAAAUUGAGAAUGUUUGGAGCAUGAGGGGCCUUAGUGGAAGAAAUGUGAAGGCUUGUUGUAUAUGCAAAUUAUAUGGUAUGGCAGCUCCCUGAAUUUCCCCAGUUGCAUAAAAUCUUGAGUCAAUCUUGUAGCUAUUCGUGACCAUGAACACAUUUUUAUGAACUGGUGAUACAGAACAGAGUGAUAUAGGUUGUUAAAAAUAUUGAAGCUUUUAUAGUGCAUAUUCCCCAUCCCCUUUUUGUACUAUGAACUUCUCAUGGGGAAAAUGUGUUUUUGUUUUCCCAUAGAAUUCAGGAGAGGAGAGUUUUGUUAAACUGCCACAUGAGUGAUAAUUUAUGGACACAAAAAAUGGUAAAAAUUUUAACUUUACUGUUUGUAGCAGUUUCAGCAAUGUAUGUGUAUUGCGAUACCUUUCAAUUACUCUACAUCCCAGGACCACAUUUUGCAGUGAACCAAUAACUGAGGGAGGAUAUUUAUUUAUUUAUCCAUGAUUUUGAGUUCAGGACACAUUUUAGCAUUUCACACCUAUGUGUACAUGAAUCCCUGCUGAAUCUCUUACAUUUGAAUGGGUUGAUUUCGACUGCCACUGACUGUAAAUUUACUCUCUGUACAAUUCGUUAUUGUAAAUGUAUGUCGCAACUGAAACAUGAAAGCUGAAAAAAG